UGUUACACAACGUAGAGCAUACGAGUCGUCUUACUGCCGAAGCUUUCUAGCAAACCGGGCCGAGUAGUAAAUCUUUGAUCUGCCAUCAAUCAACGUCCUCCCCACAUUUUUCUUUGGCUUCUUACGCUUUGAGUAUCGCCAAACUAGCUCUUACGUUGCAUUCAGUCCUUUGAUGCUAUUAAUUCUCAUCCCAUACUACCUACGGGACUCAGCCGACCAUAUCGAAUCUAGCAUUCCAUGGCCGAAGCUACUCGCCUCAUCCCACAAUCAACGGUUGAUCUCCCGACUUCACACUUCGACUUCGACUUUAGUUCAUUUGAUCAUGGUACCAAACAAGGAAAUCUUCAUACGCCGUACCGAUCUGUUUUUCAAGGAUACGGUAGCUGUGGAACAGAAUGUACGGCCAAAGACUGUACAUGUGAUGCGCAUUCCCUUCUCGAGAGACGCACCGAGGACACUACAAGAGAAGACGCACAUCCAAUAGCAAGGCAUUACAUUCUAAAAUGGCCCUGGCAAUACUUCCAUCAUGAGCACAGCAACACGCCAAUCUCCAGUCACUCGUGCAAAAGCAUUUCGAAUACCACAAAGUCAAAUGUGUCUUCCGUCCCAGAUCUCACGACAUGCACAACAUCGAGCACACCCCGUUCCCUCAAUCCAUGGCCUGAGAACCGCCCCUCGUCCUCUCUUCUAUCUCUGUCAUCUGCUAUUCUUAAUCAGAUUCUCAGCUAUGCGCUUACCGUCCCUUUGAUAAUACCAAUCGGCCACGAGCUCCACGAUAUCAUGCAAAUACCCGGUCGUAACGCCCAUACUACGCUCCGGCAGUCCCUAGAUUGCCCGCUCUUCCUCGUCUCGCACAGCAUCAGAAACCGAGCUCUCGAUGUCUUCUUCUCGAAGAACAUCUUCAUCGUAGAUCUAGCCGCUAUUUACGACUCAUCUGCGUCCUACACAGACCUUCAAAUCAAAAGGCUGCACAAGUUUUGGAUCACUGAAACUCCAGCCAUGGUCCAAUUAUCUCUCCGCCGAGUCUCCCGGCUCAUCCUACGGUUGCCGGUGCCUAGUACCGAAGCGGCCGUCCGAAGAGGCCGCGAGGAGCAAAAUUGGAUGGAUGGGAGCGAUGGACAUGGAGGUGGCGGAUACAGGAUGAAGUCUCUCAAAGAGGAGGUGGAAGAUUCACUGAUCAUUCAAAAGUGCUUAAGGUCUAUCGUUAGAAUGGUACUUGCACCAGAGCGGGAAUCGACGGCUCCCAGCACAUCUAGCAGCCGUCUAGGGCGUUUAAGGCGAUCAAAAAGCACGAGGGGUACGAAGAGCAACGAGGGCGGCGAGAGAAGAGCAUUGAAGCUACUCGAGAUCAUCUUGGUGAAGCGGAGUUCAAGAGCUAUGGUAUUGCGAGAAGUCCUCGGCCUAGUCCAUCUCCUGAAAGACAUCCAGGUAGGGGGUAUCCUCCGCAUCUGUUUUGAACUGAACGGCAGGAAGACGGUCUGGGCCACGAAGCGGAAGGAGACGUGGGAGGACAGAAUUUCUAACACUGAACCGGAUGGAGCAAAACUCUUGCAUGGUAUGCAACUACUAUUCCUGCGUUAACUUUUUAUUUCCCAAGUUUACUUUUCACAUCCACUUCUGAUAGUCCUACCCUAUCUUCACAUUCCAUUACCAAAUGAAUUCGUCCAAUGAAAGCUAACGCCAACUAGACCUCCAAUACCUUCGAACCUGGCGCCCCGUGAAUAUAGAACCUAUCACCUCACCCACCGAGUUCAAGUACGUGU